CUUUGUGGCGUGGCUACGAUAAAACCAACGAAACAAACAGAGUUAGCUAGCUAGCAGUGACAGUGAGUGAGUGAAGCGAUGAAAAGUGUUACCUCCUCAAUCCUCUUCCUCUUCUUCACAUUUUGCAUAAUCAUCGUCUUCUCUCAAGCAUCACCGAUAACCAUCACCGAUUACCCUCAACCCAACCUAUCUUUCAAACCAAAUCAAACCCAACAUCAUCAGAGUAACUCUUGUUCAUACACGGUCACAAUAACCACAAGCUGCAAUUCUCCCUCAUUUACUAGAGAUCGUAUCAGUCUUUCUUUUGGUGAUGCUUAUGGCUAUCAGGUUUAUGUUCCAAAAUUGGAUGAUCCUAGCUCAAGGACAUUUGAACGGUGCUCUACAGAUACAUUUAACAUCAACGGACCAUGUACAUACCCGAUAUGCUAUCUGUAUUUAUACAGGUCCGGAUACGAUGGUUGGAAACCAGAGAGUGUGACAGUAUAUACCCAUAACUACCAACCUGCUACUUUUUACUACAAUGCUUUUAUCCCUAAUGGUGUUUGGUAUGGUUUUGAUUAUUGUCGUGGUUACUUACCCUCCACUGCUACUGCUACUGCUGCUGCUGCUGCACUCUAGUGUAGUUGAUCUUCUUAGUUUAUGAAUAAGAUAAUAAUGUAGUUUUCCAACUGUGAAACCCUCUGUUAUAUGCGGGAUUAGUGGUCCUUCUAUAAGCCCUUCUUUUAUAUGGAAAUGUUUGUUUGUAGGUUUUACUGUCUGUGUUAAUUCCACAUUAUAUAUACCAUGUGAUAUUUUGAGAGACUGUUUGGUCAUGAAGUCUAGCUAAUUUUUAUUUUGUGAAA